UCCACGCGCCCAAACUCGCAGCCUCUUCCUCUUCCACCAUCUCACUCAUUUUUGGAAAGAGAGGGAACAUGAGAACGAAGAAGAAUACAGACUACUGAGUGUUUUUCUGUCAUCCAACUGACCGAAGAGACUACUUGACCUGUGGCCACAGAGACUGGAGUGUGUCCGGUCUCCCUGUAUGUUUGGACCUCUACUGUAAAUAUGGGAAGGAAGACGACAUGGAAGUAUUAUUGUGGUGACGUUUUAGGAGGCGUUCUUCCUAUUCUGAAAGGCCAGUGUUUUUGUUUAUCGGCGGUGUUUGUCUGUUUGUUGUUGUUGUUUUCUUCUGUCAGAGCAGAGUAUGAGUGUCCGUUAUCCUGUAUCUGUGCCAGAGACUCCGGGACAGUGACCUGCCGUGACAGAGAGGACACCGAGUUACCGGGAGACAUACCGGCGUGGGCGACCACAUUAAUACUCAGGGGGAACAACAUCUCAACCUUACCGGGUGGAGCGUUCUCCUCGAAUAACGGUACGGAGCUCGACCUAACGACCCUCUCACUGUCACAUAAUGGAAUCAUGGUGAUCGAGGCUGACGCUUUCACAGGACUCCCACGGUUGCAUUUGCUGGAUUUGAGCCACAAUCGGUUGGUGUACAUCUCAGACCGAGCGUUUCACAGUCUGCAGGAGCUCCGCUCUCUUUACCUGAAUGACUCUCUCCUUGAGCCGGCUGUGGCGCAGCUCUCCAAUGCGCUGCAUGGAGAACAUUUAUGCAACCUCCACCGGCUGGAGCUAUCUGGCAACCGGUUGAAAACCAUACCCAUUGCAAGGUUGGAUGCAUUCAACCUCCACACUUUAGUUUUAACCAAUAACUCAAUCGAGAACAUUGGUAAAGAGAACGUCUCCAGUUUGUACCAUCACAAGCAAGUGCGCAUCUAUUUAUCACUAAACCCGUUCAGGUGUAACUGUGAGCUGGAGUCGUUCUACUUCUGGUUAAAGAACUCUUCUCAGUGCGUGGACGCUGCGCGCCUCCAGUGCGCGGAGCCUGAUGCCAAGAAGGGGAUUCCACUAGAGCGGUUACGCGGCGAGGAUGUGGAUUGUCUCAAUGAGAACUUGGAGGCGGUGUCCUACGUGUUCCUAGGGAUAGUCCUGGCGCUGAUCGGGAUAGUGUUCCUCAUGGUGCUCUAUCUAAACCGGAGAGGAAUCAAACGGUGGCUCAACAACAUCCGCGAUGCGUGCCGCGACCAGAUGGAAGUCUACCAUUACCGGUACGAGCAGGACUCUGAUCCCCGGUUGGCUAACGUCGCCGUUUAACAUUCAACGUUCACUCGUCAAUCUAUGCCAUUGUCAACCAUUCUUUUGAUCUAUAAACUGUCCUUGAAGGGAUGAACUAUUAUAAUCAGUUUGUUAUCAACUGUAGACGUUUAUAAUACUUGGCAUAUGACAUUGGAAAACAACAGACUAUUCAAGAAGGACAAUAGGCCUACGUUGAAGAGGAGGCAAUACGAACCAUAUUGUACAUCUAGGCUACGUGAAUGUACAUGUCUGUAAAUAUAUCAUUUACAACACAAAAGAGAACAUGCUUAUCUACCACAUGAGAACAUGAUACUUUUAAAAUAGAAAUGUACUGUGCCGCCUGCGUAUCUUAUUUGAAUCAUGCAAUAGCUUCACAACAGAAUAAAUAGUUUGAGUUCCUUCUACAGAUUAUUCUGAACUACUUUAUCAGUAUGAAGGUAACGAAAACUAAAUGUAUAAUCUGGAAUAACAGUAGAAAAGGUCUCUAUUAUUAAAAACAAAACUGCAUAUGCUGAAAUAUGAAUAAUAGUUGGUAUGGUAUGCCUCUGUACUGUACAAUCAGUUAGUACAAUCUGAUAGAUAUGUUUUCGAUGCACAAAUAACUUGUGAGAUACAGGAGGG